AUGUGUUUAUCAUCUAAAAAAUAUUUCUUUUUAAAAUUUCUUUAUGAACCAUUAUCUAUUGAAUCACGCCUUGAUCAUUGUUUACAUGAUCAUUUUAAUGCUGAAAUUAUACCAAAAACAAUUGAAAAUAAACAAGAUACUGUUGAUUAUUUAACAUGGACAUUAAUUUGUAGACGUAUGACACAAAAUCCAAAUUAUUAUAAUUUACAAGAUGUUUCACAUCGACAUUUAUCUGAUCAUUUAUCGAAGUUAUUUGAAAAUAUAUUAAAUGAUCUUGAAUGA